AUUCGUCGUAACGUCGAACCAAGAGAUCGUGGCGGUGUGGAAAAGGAAGUUUACAGCUACCUCACUGCUGUUACUAGGCAUCCGGUGGUUCAUGGUUCUAGGACCGGCGCUGCCAAUUUCACUGCGUCCGCCACAAGGUGUAGACCGAGUUACGCACUGACCAUGCUCAUAUACUUGAUGGGUACGGUCCUGAUUUCUAUGUUUUCCGCUCUUCGCGUGUACGCGCUUUGGCAAGGCUCGCAGAUGAAAUAUGUCUUCCCUACGGCUGUAUUCGUGCUUGGGGCGAUCCCAGUUGGGACAAAUAUCUACAAUUGGAUGCGCACCUCAAUCAUAUACUCGGAGACUCCGCCGUCCUUGGGAUGCAACGAAUACACUAACGUGCAGCCAAAGCUGAAUACAGAGUGUGUCCUAUUGCACAUGCUAAUUUUUACUAGAAGCAGUUUAAUCGCCUCCGAUGUCCUCGUCCUUGUGUUGACAUGGAUCAAGUCGUAUCCGCACUGGCGGGAGAUGCGGCGGCUCAAGCUUAGCUCUUCCGUUUCGACUGUGCUUCUGAGAGACGGUAUAUAUCUCAUCCCCUUUCACCUGCCCAUACACAACGAAUCUCAUCGAAUCUUGUCUAGGCACCGUUUAUUUUCUGUAAGCUACCACAUCAUGUGCGUUCGCAAUGGCUGUGUCUCACAUAUGAACCCCAAGUGCACUUCUAGCCAUGAAUGUUCUAGAACUCCUGACCUACUCAAACAUGCUCCUGGUGCAGGUAAUUAUCGAAAUCCAUCUCUAUGGGAAGGUUCUGAUCUCAUGUCGACAGGGUACCUAUGCGAGCAUCUUUGUCCAGUCCAUGGUAAAUAUCUCAUACUACGCUCGGCCGGCUGGGUAUCAAUCGCUGACUAG